AAUAAUACCCGAAACGAAAAUUACAAGAUGCAUAAAAGACAUCUCUAGUUUUUUAAUGCCGCACCCAGGGCACCAAAUCAAAGAGCUAACAUUCAACGGAGGAACACACGGAUUGCGUGAAGACUUCAAAACACAACUGGAUAAUCUCGUCUCUGUUCUUCUCUCUCCGGAGAACCUUGUACCAAAAAUGCUAAAUGGAAGGCCAGUAACCUGCGACGAUUUUAAAGGUCUUCUCCUGACGUAUUCAUCUUUGUGUAAAAGAGGGAAGCUGCCUGACGUGCAGACUGUGACUGACCAAGCUGCGUUCGUCCACAACCAGAAGGUCCUGAAGAAUAUUGACCAGGAAUAUGAAUUAGCCAUCACAGACGAGGUUGAAGAGAUACUGAAAGCACCAGACGCAGUGGACAAAAUCGGCGUGCUGAACAGAGCGCACGACAGACUGAAACGAGAAGCCUUAUCAAAACUUGGAAAUGCUCCUGUCAUGGGGAACAGAAUGAAUGAACUUCAAGAACAGUUGUCCCAGAUGAUCGACGUUUUCUACACGAAAUGCAAGAAGCCAAUCGUGUUCCUGGCAAAGGAACCAAAGAUGAUGCGAAAGCAACGUGCAGCUGAGUCCCAAUUCAAGGAGCACAAGAAAAAGAUGGAAGACUUCCAUAGACAGACUGGUGACACUGAAGAGGAUUCUGAUGAGGAGGCAUUAUAUUGGAAGCAAGCCAUUAAUAAGAUGGAAGACUUCCAUAGACAGACUGGUGACACUGAAGAGGAUUCUGAAGAGGAGGCAUUAUAUUGGAAGCAAGCCUUUAAUAAGGGUUCUGAUAUGUGCACAAACGCAAAGAGAGAUGUCAUCGCCAGGCACAUGAAACAGCAAGGAGUUCUUCUGGAGAAGGAGGAUAAGAAGAAAUAUGCCUGUGCACUCGCCACCACCAAUAUUUUUCGGAGAAUCCUGACAGCCGUUUGCAAACGUGUUGCUCCUGCUCUAUUGUCCAUGCUUUUACCGGCGAUUGCCUUCUGAUCUGCGUGAAGCUCGUGGAAAGUACUCUCAUUGCCAAUAAAGGUUACUUUACCACACCGUG